CUCCAGGGGUGUUUCUUGAAGCAUAGUACAGCUGGAGGGUACCUUUUAAGCUAUUCAAGGUCAAGAUGAAUACAGAUUUGAAGGAGGUUUUAUCCCUGGAUAUUCAAAUUCCUGAGGUGUGGGAAGGGCUUCGGAAAGAGAAAGUGGAGGCGGAAAGCCUCCAAAGACAGGAAUCCAGAUUGAAACGUAAUAAUCCACUGGCAAGAGAAAUCUUCCGAAGACACUUUCGGCAGCUCUGCUACCAGGAGACUCCUGGGCCAAGGGAGGCUCUUACGCAACUCCGGGAACUUUGCUGCCAAUGGUUGCGGCCACACGUGAGCACAAAGGAGCAGAUUUUGGAGCUGCUGGUGCUGGAGCAGUUCCUGACUAUCCUGCCCGAGGAGCUCCAGAGCUGGGUAAGAGAACAUUGUCCAGAGAGUGGGGAAGAGGCCGUGAUUCUGCUGGAGGAUCUGGAGAGAGAGCUCGAUGAACCACAACAUGAGAUGGUAGCUCGCAGACAAGAAAUCCUCUUUAAAGAGAGAGUGCCUCUAGGAAAGCAGACAUCACUGAGCCUUCAGUCCCAGCCCAAGAAGCCACAGCUCACAUGUGACCCUGCCCAGGAGCCCCACCCUAUUGGAGCGACAGAUGGAGUGACCAAGACUGAGGACAGAGAGUUGGUGCUAAGGAAAAACUAUUCUAAAAUAGUGGAACCACAUGGGAAAAUGUUUCAUGGACAGAACUGGAUAUCAUACGAGGGUCCCCAACAUGGAGAAGUUGGUAAACAUGAGGGGCAAGUAGAGAGGAGGUGGGGAAACCUAUUGGGAGAGAGACGACACAAAUGUGAUGAAUGUGGGAGGAGCUUCGCUCAGAGCUCAGGUCUCCUCCGACAUCAAAGAAUUCACACCGGAGAAAAACCCUAUGAAUGUAAUGAGUGUGGGAAAACCUUCAGUAGAAGUUCUGGUCUUUUCAAUCAUCGAGGAAUCCACAAUAUACAAAAACGGUACCACUGUAAAGAGUGUGGGAAGGCCUUCAGUCAGAGUGCAGGCCUUAUCCAGCAUCAGAGAAUCCACAAGGGAGAGAAGCCGUAUCACUGCAGCCAAUGUGAUAAGAGCUAUAGUCGGCGUUCCUUUCUUAUCGAGCAUCAGAGAAGCCACACAGGGGAGCGACCCCACCAGUGUAAUGAAUGUGGGAAAAGCUUUAAUCGUCACUGCAACCUCAUUCGCCAUCAGAAGAUCCACACAGUGGUUGAGGUCAUCUAGCGCUUG